AUGUCGGCGCCCCAAGCCAACGACGCCGAGAAGAACAUCGAGAUAUGGAAGGUCAAGAAACUCAUCAAGCGCCUCGAAGCUGCCCGCGGCAACGGCACCAGCAUGAUCAGCUUGAUCAUCCCUCCCAAGGACCAGGUCUCACGUGCCGCAAAGAUGUUGGCUGAAGAGUUCGGUACUGCUUCCAACAUCAAGUCCCGUGUCAACCGUCUGUCCGUCCUUUCAGCCAUCACCUCCACCCAGCAGAGGUUGAAGCUGUACAGCAAGGUGCCGCCGAACGGACUCGUCGUCUACUGUGGUGAAAUCAUCACCAGCGAGGGUAAAGAGAGGAAGAUCAACAUCGAUUUCGAGCCUUUCAAGCCAAUCAAUACCUCACUGUACCUGUGUGACAACAAGUUCCACACCGAGGCGCUUAGCGAGCUUCUCGAGUCGGAUCAGAAGUUCGGUUUUAUCAUCAUGGAUGGUAAUGGAGCCCUAUUUGGUACACUUUCGGGCAACACGAGAGAUGUCCUGGCCAAGUUCAGCGUUGACUUGCCCAAGAAGCACGGUCGUGGUGGUCAGUCUGCCCUGCGUUUCGCCCGUCUGCGAGAGGAGAAACGGCACAACUACGUCCGCAAGGUCGCCGAAAUGGCUGUCCAGAACUUCAUCAGCAACGACAAGGUCAACGUGGCGGGUGUGAUUCUGGCUGGUAGCGCCGACUUCAAGAACGAUCUCAACCAGUCCGACCUGUUCGACCAGCGUCUGCAGGCCAAGGUUAUCAAAGUGGUCGAUGUCAGCUACGGAGGCGAGAACGGCUUCAACCAGGCCAUCGAGCUGGCUUCUGAGACGCUCUCCAACGUCAAGUUCAUCCAGGAGAAGAAGCUGAUCAACCAAUACUUUGACCACAUCAGCCAGGACAGUGGAAAGGUCUGCUACGGUAUUGAUGAUACCCUCAAGGCUUUGGAGGCUGGUGCUGCCGAGACGUUGAUUGUCUACGAGAAUCUCGAGAUGACCCGAUGGCAAUUGAAGAACAGCGAGGGCAGCGAAGUCAUUUUGCACACCACCAAGGAGCAGGAACAGAACCGCGAGAUCUUCAUGGACAAGGAGACUGGCCAGGAAAUGGAAGUGGUAGAUUCAAUGCCUUUCCUCGAAUGGCUGGCAGAGAAGUACCGCGAUUUUGGUGCUACGCUGGAGUUCGUUUCCGACCGAUCUUCUGAAGGCAACCAGUUCGUGCGCGGAUUUGGUGGCAUUGGAGCGAUUAUGCGAUACAAGCUCAACUUUGAGCAACUCAAUAUCGAUGAUGACGAAGACGAGUUCUACGACGAUUGA